AUGGCCCGGCCGCAGCAUCCCAUCCCCCGGAAACUGUGGGAGCAUCCGGAUCCCCAGAGCACCGACAUGUGGAAGUUCAAGGUGAGCUUGGAGAGGGCCGCGGGGCGGAAGUUCGAGAACUACGACGCCCUGUACAAGUACUCCGUCACCCACCGAUCCGCCUUCUGGCGCCACGUCUUCGACUACUUCCCGAUCGUCUACUCCGGCACCGUGCCCGACCCGGUCGUCGACGAAUCUGCCCGCAUGGACUCCAUCCCGCGCUGGUUCACUGGCGUGCGCAUGAAUUUUGCCCAGAACAUUCUCUUCUCGGGCGAUCAGUACGGACGGCCGGUUAUCGACGCCGCCAAGGCCGACGACAAGAUCGCUUGCACCGAGGUACGGGAAGGCUGCUUCUUGGAGCCCAUCCGGCACGUCACCUGGAAGGAGCUGAGGCAGAGGGUCGGCCGGCUCAGUCAGGCGAUGAGGGCGCACGGGGUGAAGAAGGGAGACCGGGUUGCCCUGGUGGCGAGUACCUGUCUGGACACGCUGACGGUCUUUCUCGCAACGACCACGCUCGGGGCGCUCUUCAGCAGCAGCUCGACGGAUAUGGGCGUCAAGGGCAUCCUGGAUCGCCUCACCCAGAUCAAGCCUCGGUAUCUGUUCAUGGACGACUGGGCCGUGUAUAAUGGCAAGAAGAUCGAUCUACGACCCAAGAUGAAGGACAUCAUGGCCGGGAUGCAAGGCGUGGACGAGUUCCAGGGCCUCAUUUCGCAAGCACGCUUCCAGCACUCGCCGGCCGACAUUUCGGGUGUGCCGAGAGCCCGGACGUGGGCAGAUUUCAUCGCCGCCGCAAAGUCGGACAAGCUGGAGUUUGAGGACACGGACUUCGCAGACCCUUUUCUGGUAGUGUAUUCCUCGGGGACGACCGGGCAACCCAAAUGCAUUGUGCAUGCCAUUGGAGGGGUCAUUAUCUCGGGCCACAAAGAGUACAGGCUGCACAGGUGCAUCAAUGCCAACUCCAAACAACUGCAAUACACGACGACGGGAUGGAUUAUGUACUUGGCCAGCGUGCAGGCGUUGACCACCGGGUGCCAAAUGAUCAUGUACGACGGGAGUCCCUUUGUCCCCAACCUGACAAAUCUGCUCAAGCUGGUGGCACAAGAGAAAAUCACCCAUCUGGGCAUCAGUCCGAGGUACCUGCAGACAUUGCAGACCAACGGUGUCAUACCCAAGAAAGUCGGGGAUCUGAGCAACCUCAAGGUGAUCACCAGCACGGGGAUGGUCUUGUCGGAUCAAUUGUUCGAAUGGGUCUAUGACGAAGGGUUUCCGCCCUCGGUACAGUUGGACAACAUCUCAGGGGGAACUGACCUUGCGGCGUGCUUUGGAACAGGCAAUCCCAUCUUGCCACUGUAUGUUGGCGGUUGUCAGUGUCUUUCUCUGGGUGUGCCGGUCAAGGUGUUCGAUCAAACCGUCGAGGGCCGUCAGGGCAUCGAAGUCGAGGAUGGAGUGCCCGGCGAGCUGGUCGCGUAUCAAGCGUUCCCCACGAUGCCCAUCACCUUUUUGGGGGAGAAUGGUCCGCAACGCUACUACGACAGCUAUUUUGCACGAUUCGACAACGUGUGGACACAUGGCGAUUUCAUCAUGAUCCAUCCGGACACGAAACAAGUCAUGUUCCUGGGCCGGGCUGAUGGCGUGUUGAACCCCAGUGGCGUCCGGUUUGGUUCCGCCGAGAUCUACAGCAUCAUCGAAGCCAAGUUUGCGGACCAGAUUAGCGACAGCAUCUGCAUUGGGCAGAGAAGACCGCAAGAUGAAGACGAGAGGGUGAUCUUGUUCUUGUUGAUGAAACCUGGGCACGCGUUCACGCCACAGCUGGUGAGAGAAGUCAAGGAGGCCAUCCGCAAGGCCACCAGUCCCAGGCAUGUUCCUAAAUUUGUUUUUGAGACCAAGGAAAUUCCGACGACGGUCAACUUGAAAAAGGUCGAACUGCCUGUGAAACAGAUCGUCUCGGGCAAGGUCAUCAAACCUUCUGGCACGUUACUGAACCCCGAGAGCCUGAACUAUUACUAUCAGUUUGCCAAGGACGAGAAUCUGGUUGACGUGACCGAGCCUAGGGCCAAACUGUAG